AUGAUUUUCGAAGUUUGUCUGUCUGCCUGGUGCUCAAGUGUGUUGUGCAACAACAGUAGCAAGGCUCCAAGGGAAGAAAAAAAAAGAAAAGAAAAGAGAACAUCGACAGAGAUCUUACCAUUUCUUUCGGACCUUUCAGCCGACAUGGUUCUGAUUUACCUAGCUGAAAGUCUAGAACUUCAACAACUAGUCAGGUGGUAG